GAGAGGUUUCACGCCGGCGAUCGGCGGCUGAGCGGCACGCUGCCCGCUAUGGCCGGCUGGUUUAGGCGGCUCCUGCACAAACCCAAGCGCAGCUCGGUGGUGGAGAGCAGCCUCAAUACCAACCGCUCCUCCUCCUCCUCAUCAUCAUCAUCAUCAUCUUCAUCGUCGCCUUCAUCCUCCUCCUCCUCCUCCUCGUCUUCUGCCGAGAGCUCCGGCACGCGCCUGGCCAGCUCCAUCCACCCAGCGUCGGACAUCAGCUCCUCGAGCAGCGCCCGCUGGGCCAAGAGCUACGACGUCUGCAUCUGCCACAGCGAGGUGGACCUGGAGCUGGUGGAGGAGCUGGUCUCCUACCUCGAGGGUCAACCCGAAAGCUUCCGUUGCUUCCUCCAGCUGCGUGACGCGGCGCCGGGAAGCGCCGUGGUGACGGAGCUGUGUGACGCCGUGCAGAACAGCCACCGCUGGGUGAUGCUCAUCACGCCGGGCUUCCUGCGGGACCCUUGGUGCAAGUACCAGAUGCACCAAGCGUUGGCCGAAGCUCCCAUGGCCAACGGGCGCACCAUCCCCGUGUUGAAGGACGUGGAUCGGAAGGAUUAUCCCCGGGAGCUGCGCAACCUCUACUACAUCUACAUGGCGCUGAAGGAGAAGAGCUUCCAGCAGAUCCGAGACACUGUCGUGCGCU